UUCUCUCAACCAGCCUAGUAAUGGCUACCACUCUCCCUGGUCCUCCUCUUCAUCCUUGCCCCCCCAACCGCUUUUGUUACCAUUAAGGGCAGGAUGGCCUCUGCAAAAACUCGUGGCCUCCUGUCUCUCCUCCUCAUCCUCCCCCUCAUCACCCUCGCUACCGCCACCACAGGUAUCCGCCUUGGCAUCAUCCGGAAACCCUCCCCGGAUGUUGCCAUCUUCCGAGAAGCCCCUGCUUUUCGAAAUGGGGAUGCCUGCCAGCCUGCAGAGAAAAUCCACAUUGCCAUGACACUGGACUCUAACUACCUAAGAGGCACCAUGGCCGCUGUGCUUUCGAUUUUGCAACAUUCAACGUGCCCCGAGUUUGUUGAGUUCCACUUUCUCUGGGCCAGGUUCGAGCCUGAGGUACUCUCCAACAUCAAAUCCGCCUUCCCAUACCUAAAGUUCAAUGUCUACCGCUUUGAUUCCAAUAGGGUUCGUGGGAAAAUAUCAAAGUCUAUACGCCAAGCCUUGGACCAACCCUUAAACUACGCACGCAUAUACCUAGCUGACAUAAUCCCAGCUGAUGUGAAAAGGGUUCUAUACCUAGACUCAGACCUUGUGGUUGUGGAUGAUGUAGCAAAGUUAUGGAAGGUUGACUUGCAAGGCAAGGUACUGGCUGCACCAGAAUAUUGUCACGCAAACUUUUCCAAAUAUUUCACAGAAUCGUUCUGGUCAGACCAAAUGUUUUCCAAGACAUUUGAAGGCAGAAAGCCUUGCUAUUUUAACACAGGGGUUAUGGUGGUGGAUGUGGAAAAAUGGAGACAAGGGGAGUACACAAAGCAAAUGGAGGAGUGGAUGGUAGUGCAAAAGCAAAAGAGGAUAUACCAUUUGGGGUCUUUGCCACCUUUUUUGCUGGUUUUGGCUGGGGAUAUUAGGGCAGUGGAUCAUAAUUGGAACCAACAUGGGCUUGGUGGGGACAAUCUUGAAGGCAAGUGUAGGAGUUUGCAUCCUGGGCCUAUAAGCCUGUUGCAUUGGAGUGGGAAAGGGAAGCCCUGGUUGAGGUUAGAUUCAAGAAAGCCCUGCACCGUUGAUCAUCUUUGGGCCCCAUAUGAUCUUUACCGUUCAUCAGCUCAUUACUUGGAAGAAUGAGAUGAAAGUGAAAAGAUAUAUGCAAUGAGUAAUGAGGUGGAGCUUUGGCUCAAUUGGAUCAAUUUGGGGCAAUAUGGGGAUAAGGGAGUUUAAUUAAUUAGAAGAGCAAGAAGGUAAUCAAUGGCGUCUUACAGUUUGAUGAGAUGAUGAGCUGCUGAGCCUCCAAAAUUAAUUCAAAAGCUUAAGUCUUUAUACCACCAAGGUUAGGUUGCUUAUAUUGGCGACAUUUUGAUGGGAGCCACUCGAUAAUUUCAAUUAGAAAAUAUCCAGUCUCGGAUAUUCUGCAUAUCAAUUUUCUGA